AUGGGCAUUUAUGACCCUAUGCACCAGAUUGGUAUGUGGGGAGAAAACUUUAAGAGUAAUGGAAAUCCUAGUACUUCAACAAUGUUUAUAGCUGGCAAUCCAAAUGCAACUGCAUCAAUAAUUAUAUCACCGGACUCAAAACUAGACAAUCAGUCAGAGGAUACUUCACAUGGUACUCUCGGACCUUCUAACAAGUAUGACCAAGAAGCAUCUAAACCUUCGGAUAAGGCACAAAGACGUCUUGCACAAAAUCGCGAGGCUGCUCGUAAAAGCCGUUUGCGGAAGAAGGCUUAUGUUCAGCAGUUAGAAUCAAGUCGUUUGAAGCUCAUUCAGUUGGAGCAGGAGCUUGGCAGAGCUAGACAACAGGGUCCGUAUAUAGGUGGUGGAUUAGAUGCUAGUCAGCUAGGUUUUGGUGGAAAUAUACACUCAGGGAUUGCAACUUUUGAGAUGGAGUAUGGGCACUGGUUGGAGGAGCAAAAAAGACAUAUUUGUGAUAUGAGUACUGCUUUAAAUGAGCAUGCUCAUAUAAGUGAAGUAGAGCUCCGCAUGCUUGUAGAAACCGACAUGAACCACUAUUUUGAACUUUUUCGCAUGAAAGCAACUGCAGCGAAAGCUGAUGUUUUCUAUGUGAUGUCUGGCUUGUGGAAAUCAUCGGCAGAAAGGUUUUUCUUGUGGAUUGGGGAACAGCAACUUGUAGAUGUUUUGAAUCUUAAACAAUCAUGCCAGCAAGCAGAAGAUGCUCUUUCACAAGGUAUGGAUAAACUCCAGGAAGCUCUAGCAGAGACUGUGGCAGCUGGUCAAUUGGGUGAAGAAAGAUACUUGCCUCAUAUGGAAACUGCAAUGGAGAAGCUAGAAGCUCUGGUCCGCUUUGUGCAGCAGGCGGACCAUCUACGCCAGGAAACUUUGCUGCAGAUGUCUCGGAUCCUAACAACACGCCAGGCAGCUCGAGGCCUGCUUGCCUUAGGAGAAUACUUCAAACGGCUUCGGGAUCUGAGUUCACUUUGGGCAAAUCGCCCUCAUGAGCCUGCCUAG